GAAAAGUUGCAUUCGAAAGAAUUUCUACAGUAGUUGUUCUGACGGUGGAGUCGACGUGCACGCGACGCUAAACCCAGUAGAGCUGGAGGUUUUGCUGGAGCAGGGAACAACGAGAACAGCAACCACGAACAGUACCAGCACGGUCGCUUCCACAAGCUGUCCAAAAAUCACUUCCUCCCCAAGAAUGAAGAAUGCUGGAAAAAAUAACAAGCAUCAUCACCUACUACAUGUCGUGAAAGAUAACCUCGUCUGCAUUCUUCGCAAAUUGCAAACCAGAAUUCUGAGCCCCUUCCGCCUCUACUCCUCCCAGCUGGACCAGCUGCUCAUUGCGCUAGUAGAGGAGGAAAAGGAGGUGAUUCUCACGCGCUCCGAGACCAUGAUCGAGAGCUACUUUCUCCGAGAGGUCCGGGAGGGGUUUCCAACGACUGUGGUAGAAUGUGCGACGAGUUCUACUUCCGAUUCUGAGGAAUUGUGCGACUCGUCCCAAGAAGUCUCGGCAACUACGGGCCACCACCAGCUGGGGACCACGAACAGCUGCACAGAAAUGGUCACGACAAAGCACUGUUUCACGGAUUUACUGCGGAUUCUCUGCACUGCGCACGUGACG